UGAAAAAUUUUACCCAACAAAAUACAUGUGUUUACCUUCUUCACAUGGCAUUGUUUUCAUUUAGGCUCAGUUUAAUAUAUUGUAAAAUUUUAAAAUUCAUAAACCUACAGUAAAUAUACUCCAAUAAUGGCUCCAAUCGAGACACCCCCUGCUACUAAUCUUAAGAGCAAAAUAUCUAAGGGUCUUAGGGCGAAGGCCAAUGAUUUUCUCAACAGUAAAGUAAAAUCAAAGAACUUGGAGGAAAUCAUUCAAUUUUUAGAUAAUGCAAUCAAACACAAAGAAUCCCUUACACCAGCACUUCUGACGCUAGAAGUGGUCUUUACCCAGCUAUUAAAAAGGAAGGAAAUGUUUGUUUCAGCCAAUAAACAGGAAUCGGAAUCUGAGGCCGAGACAAAAUAUCGUGAUUGGUUGCGUGAACGAUAUGAACAAACAUGGAAUCUGAUGUUAAGUGCUAUUGAAAAUUGUGAAAAAUCUCAAGAUGCUUCACAAGCAUUGAGCUGCUGUAUGAAAUUGCUUGCAGCGGAAGGAAAAUAUCCCAUAAAUGUGAGCGAAGAACCAUUGAAUUUUCCCCGUAAACGUUUGCGCGGCAUUAUAGAAAAACUCUUAAGCGAAAAUCGUCUAAUGCCAACACUGAUUUCAAGUUUCAAAGAAUUUGCCGAAUACUUGGAUGUUGUACAGAAUUGUUGGUUUAUAUUGUCAUCAAUGGUUAAAAAGUCCAUGACACAAACUGAAAAUGUGGCCAUCAAUUGUCUGCAUUUAAUAAAUGCCAUACCAUUGAAUAAAUCUGUACAAGAUAACGCCAAAUUGCUGGUAGCAUUAACAGAAAAUGCACCGGAGACGGAACAUUUUGAUUAUGCCAAUACACGUAAACACAUUAAUCGUAUUUGGAAUAAUAUUAUGACAUGGUUGGAACCAAAUCUGGCGGAAUCGGUACACCGGCAAAUGUUAAUUGUUUUACUGGAAUGUGUGUUGCCUCAUUUGGAAAGACCUGUAUUAUUAACAGAUUUUCUAAUGGAUUCUUUAGACUGUGGUGGAGCUGUGUCUCUUCUCGCACUGCAGGGAGUUUUCACCCUAAUACAGAAACACAAUAUAACUUAUCCAAAUGUUUAUGAAAAACUAUAUUCCAUGUUUGAGCCAGAAAUUUUCCAUACCAAAUAUAAAGCGCGUCUUUUCUAUUUGGCCGAUAUAUUUCUGUCGUCCACACAUUUGCCAGAAAAUCUGGUAGCUGCAUUUAUGAAACGUUUAGCUCGCUUGAGUUUGAUUGCGCCACCUCAGGAUACUGUAAUUAUGCUACAGUUCAUAGGUAACUUAUUGUUACGACAUUUGGGCUUGAAACGCUUAAUCUGCGCAACACAGGCCACUGAAGUAUCCACCGACCCGUUCAAUAUGCAUGAAAGUGAUCCAAUUAAAUCAAAUGCCAUUGACAGUUCUUUGUGGGAAAUUGUGGCCUUGCAGAAACACGCAAUACCCUCAGUAGCCACAGCAGCACGAUUCAUAUCCCAGCCAUUGCCAAAGAAAGAAUGGGACUUGUCCGAAAUAUUGGAAAUCAAGGAAGACGAUAUAUUUGAAGAGGAGACGACGACGAGCAACAAAAAAUCAAAGCAGCAGUACGCUUUAGCAUUUGAGAAGCCGGAAACCAUGUUCCUGCCUAAAAACGAUCAAUUUCAAAGGCAUUGGAGUCUUAUAUAGUUGUAGUUACAAAAGUAAUAAAACAAAAAUAAAAUUAGAGUUCUUAAUCCAAGUUGUCUUUACA